CCGGGGAAAGGGAGUAAACGGAAUUGACGCUCUGAGAUCGGAGUACUACAGCCCCUGGACAAGUGGGAGGAGAAGAGGGGGGCAGCCAAAUACCCCCCCCAAGUGAAGCCAGGAGAAGGGGAGAGAAGAGAGAGGAAGGGAAAAAGGAGAGAAACUGGGACUAAGAGGCAGGGAGCCGGCGACUUCUGGGCAACAACUUGUUGCAAACAGAUUUGCCAAGUAGGGAAUCAGCGUCUCACUCCACGCCGGGACUGGAGGGAGCAAACGCGCCGUGUCUCGCUCCUCGUCCCCACAGCCGGGCUCCGGGGUCCACGCUCGCAGCCGAGGGGAGAUGCCAUUUGGACCAUGUAACAUCGCUGCCAGGAGUUGAGGCCGCCCUUUCAACGAACCAUGAAGCUGGCAGAGCGACUCGUGUGCUGGGUCAGCUGCCUGGUGAUCUCCGGGACCCUCCAGCCCGGCGCGGCUCAGGCAGUGUGCGCUGGUACUGAGAACAAGCUGAGUUCUCUGUCUGAUCUUGAGCAGCAGUAUCGUGCGUUGCGCAAGUACUAUGAGAACUGUGAGGUAGUCAUGGGCAACCUGGAAAUCACCAACAUUGAACACAACCGUGAUCUUUCCUUCCUCCGGUCUAUCCGAGAAGUCACGGGAUACGUCCUGGUAGCUUUGAAUCAGUUUGAGUACCUCCCGUUAGAGAACCUACGCAUCAUUCGUGGGACAAAACUCUACGAGGACCGGAAUGCCUUGGAGAUAUUUCUUAACUACAAAAAGGAUGGUAAUUUUGGACUCAGGGAACUUGGCCUGAAGAACUUGACUGAAAUACUGAAUGGAGGGGUAUACGUUGGCCAGAACAAGUUUCUUUGCUACGCCGACACCAUUCAUUGGCAGGAUAUCGUGCGUAACCCACGGGCUUCCAACUUCACUUUGGUUCCAACAAAUGGCAGCUCAGGAUGUGGGCGAUGCCACAAGUCCUGCACAGGUCGAUGUUGGGGACCCACAGAAAACCACUGCCAGAGCUUGACAAAGACAGUGUGUGCAGAGCAAUGUGAUGGACGUUGCUACGGGCCGUACGUCAGUGACUGCUGCCAUCGGGAAUGCGCUGGAGGCUGUUCCGGACCUAAAGACACUGAUUGCUUUGCCUGCAUGAAUUUCAACGACAGCGGUGCAUGUGUCACUCAGUGCCCCCAGACUUUUGUCUACAAUCCCACCACCUUCCAGCUGGAGCACAACCACAAUGCCAAAUACACCUACGGAGCUUUUUGUGUCAAGAAGUGCCCACAUAAUUUUGUGGUAGAUUCCAGCUCUUGUGUGCGUGCCUGUCCCAGCUCCAAGAUGGAGGUUGAAGAAAAUGGUAUAAAGAUGUGCAAACCCUGCACUGACAUUUGUCCUAAAGCAUGUGAUGGCAUCGGCACAGGGAGUUUGACGUCCGCUCAAACCGUUGACUCCAGCAACAUUGACAAGUUCAUAAACUGUACCAAGAUCAACGGGAACCUAAUCUUUCUUGUCACUGGGAUUCACGGGGACCCCUAUCACACAAUUGCAGCAAUGGACCCAGAGAAAUUAAAUAUCUUCCAAACAGUCAGAGAGAUAACAGGUUUCUUGAAUAUUCAGUCAUGGCCCCAGAACAUGACAGAUUUCCGUGUGUUUUCUAACUUGGUUACUAUAGGUGGAAGAGCCCUAUAUAGUGGCCUUUCCUUACUUAUCCUGAAGCAACAGGCAAUUACCUCUCUACAGUUCCAGUCACUGAAGCAGAUCAGUGCUGGCAACAUCUACAUAACUGACAAUACCAACCUGUGCUACUAUCACACCAUCAACUGGACCAGCCUCUUCAGCACUCCCAACCAAAAGACAGUGAUCCACCACAACAAAAAGCCUGAGAACUGCACUGCAGAGGGAAAGGUGUGUAACAACUUGUGCUCAAGUGAUGGCUGUUGGGGGCCAGGGCCAGACCAAUGUCUGUCCUGCAAACGCUUCAGCAGAGGAAGGACCUGUAUAGAGUCUUGUAACCUUUAUGAUGGGGAAUUUCGAGAGUUUGCGAAUGGUUCUGUAUGUGUGGAAUGUGAUCCCCAGUGUGAGAAGAUGGAAGAUAACAUGAUCACAUGCUAUGGGCUGGGACCAGACCACUGCACCAAGUGUUUCCAUUUUAAGGAUGGCCCCAACUGUGUGGAAAAGUGCCCCGAUGGCUUACAGGGAGCAAACAGCUUCAUUUUCAAAUACGCCGAUGAGGACCGUGAGUGUCACCCUUGUCAUCCAAACUGCACACAAGGGUGCAUAGGCCCCCGUAUUGAGGACUGCAUCGGCCUGAUGGAUAGGUGUAGAGGCCCCACUAGUCAUGACUGCAUUUACUAUCCAUGGACACGCCAGUCCACCUCACCACAGCAUGCUAGAACCCCCCUGAUUGCUGCAGGCGUGAUUGGUGGACUCUUUAUCAUCAUCAUUGUGGGCCUGACGUUUGCCGUUUAUGUUCGGCGGAAAAGCAUCAAAAAGAAGAGGGCCUUGCGGAGGUUCCUGGAGACUGAGCUGGUGGAGCCCUUGACCCCAAGUGGCACAGCACCCAACCAAGCGCAGCUUCGCAUCCUGAAGGAAACUGAGCUAAAGCGAGUCAAGGUCCUUGGCUCUGGGGCCUUUGGAACCGUGUAUAAGGGUAUUUGGGUUCCUGAAGGAGAAACAGUAAAGAUUCCUGUGGCUAUUAAAAUCCUUAAUGAGACAACUGGUCCCAAGGCAAAUGUGGAGUUCAUGGAUGAAGCACUUAUCAUGGCAAGCAUGGAUCAUCCACACCUGGUGCGAUUACUGGGUGUCUGCUUGAGCCCUACCAUUCAGCUCGUCACUCAGCUGAUGCCACAUGGCUGCUUGUUGGACUAUGUUCACGAACACAAGGAUAACAUUGGCUCGCAGCUCCUGCUGAACUGGUGUGUCCAGAUAGCUAAGGGAAUGAUGUACCUGGAAGAGAGGAGACUGGUUCACCGGGACUUGGCAGCCCGGAAUGUCUUGGUAAAAUCACCAAACCAUGUGAAGAUCACUGACUUUGGCCUGGCCAGGCUCCUGGAAGGCGAUGAGAAAGAGUACAACGCUGAUGGAGGGAAGAUGCCAAUUAAGUGGAUGGCUCUGGAAUGUAUUCACUACAGGAAAUUCACCCAUCAGAGCGAUGUUUGGAGCUAUGGUGUCACUAUCUGGGAACUUAUGACCUUUGGUGGAAAACCCUACGAUGGAAUCCCGACACGAGACAUUCCUGACCUGUUAGAGAAAGGGGAACGGUUGCCCCAGCCUCCUAUCUGCACCAUUGAUGUUUACAUGGUGAUGGUGAAAUGCUGGAUGAUCGAUGCUGAUAGUCGGCCUAAAUUCAAGGAAUUGGCUGCUGAAUUUUCUAGAAUGGCUCGAGACCCACAAAGAUACCUUGUCAUUCAGGGUGAUGACCGUAUGAAGCUCCCGAGUCCAAACGACAGCAAAUUCUUCCAAAAUCUGCUGGAUGAGGAAGACCUGGAAGAUAUGAUGGAUGCUGAGGAAUAUUUAGUUCCUCAGGCCUUUAACAUCCCUCCUCCUAUCUAUACGUCCAGGGCUAGAAUCGACUCCAACAGGAGUGAACUUGGACACAGCCCUCCUCCUGCCUACGCCCCUAUGUCAGGAAACCAGUUUAUGUACAGAGGUGGCGGCUUUGCUACAGAACAAGGAGUGCCUGUGCCAUACAGAGCUGUCAGCUGCAUCACUCCGGAGGCGCCAGCCAUCCAGGGGGCCACAGCAGAGAUCUUUGACGACACUUGCUGUAAUGGUACGCUACGGAAGCAGGUGGCCGCCCUCGCACAAGAGGACAGCAGCACUCAGAGGUACAGUGCUGACCCAACAGUGUUUGUACCGGAGCGGGGCCAACGGAGUGAGCUGGAUGAAGAUGGGUACAUGACUCCAAUGCGAGACAAACCCAAAACAGAUUACCUGAACCCAGUAGAGGAGAACCCAUUUGUCUCUCGACGAAAGAACGGUGAUCUUCAAGCUCUGGACAACCCCGAGUAUCACAGUGCCCCAAAUGGGCAGCCCAAAGCAGAGGACGAGUAUGUGAACGAGCCAUUGUACCUCAGCACCUUUGCUAAUACCUUGGAAAACGCAGAAUACCUGAAGAACAAUGGGCUUCCUUUGCCAGAGAAAUCCAAGAAGGCCUUCAACAACCCGGAUUACUGGAAUCACAGUCUGCCACCGCGAAGCACCCUCCAGCACCCGGACUACCUGCAGGAGUACAGCACAAAAUAUUUUUACAAACAAAAUGGACGGAUCCGGCCUAUCGUGGCAGAGAACCCUGAAUACCUCUCUGAGUUCUCCCUGAAGCCUGGCACUGUGCUGCCCCCACCACCCUACAGACAUCGAAACACGGUGGUGUAGUGACAUCAGUAUUACACAAGUAGAGAGGCAACCCCUUCUAGAUGCUGGCCUUUCUCUCUUUCUUUCUUCCUCUCUCUCCCUCUUUGUCUCCCUUGAGCUUUCUCUUUUUGCCGGUUCACUCACUUUGAUAUUUCCAAGUAGAAGGACACCUUUGAGUCAUUUGCUGAUUGGGUUAGGAACAUGGAAGGAAAGAAAGACUUUCCAAGGCCAGGUUUUGGCCUUUCAUUCAUUCAUUCAGUCAGUCAGUCAGUCAGUCUGGCAUUUCUCACCUUUCACAGACCCUGAGAGUCAGAAGGUCAGACAAGCAAGUGAAUACCAGUAAAGGCCAGUGGCAUUGUUGCCUGCUGUCAAGUUAGUUCUCAGUGAUUCAACUCAGAUGCUGUAGGGGAAGUCACACAGUGUCUGUUUCUGUCAGCAGGAACCGAGGAAAGCCUGUUCAGCAUUCCUGGAAAUCACAAUGCAGUUUCCAUUAAGAGGGAAAAAAGGACAAUUUUUAUAUCACAUGUGAUAGCAUAAUAAUUGAGAUUUGAGAAGCCAAUGUCUUUCUCUAACACUUUCUAUCCUGGCAGCUGAAAACAGCUAACCCAGCUUUUCAUAACCAUUCAGUUCUUCAUCACAGCCAUCAAAGAAAUAACUAAUAAAAUAAAAAAUGAGGAGACUUUGUCUCUGGCCAGUCCCCUCUUCUUAGCCACUCCCACAGUUUUAUCCCAUUUCCUAACAGCAAAGACUUUCACUAGAAGCUCCUGUGCAUGACAGUGCAAUUUUUUUGGUACGUGUCGCAAUGACAACAAGUAUUUUCAACAGAAAGAUCCCGUCAGGAAAGGAAGAAAACACAAAAAGCUGACAUCCUCCAUUGAAGCUAAAAGAGAGGCCAAGAUCCGCCAUUUAUAUGCACAGGGCCUCACCUUCAUGUUUUAUACCUACUUAAACAAACAAACAAAGUACCCAUACAAUUUCUCCUCUCUUUCUUUCUGCUCAUCGAUUAAGAUAGUUGGGGAUGCAGUAGGCAACACUGAGGACAAGACAGAAGGAGGACAGUUUAAUAGGUUCAGGAAACCUGGUGGUGGUCUUAGGGAUGGUGCCCUAAGGAGUUCUUUAAACUGGAAGAAAGACACUGGAGUGGAUAAAACGCACAUAGCAGUUCACUGGAAAGUUAGUUUGCACUUAAGCUAUGAUUUUAUUUGUCCUUGCUCUGAACUGUUUUCUGGAUUUUGAACGAAGCAAUAUGGAAGCAACCAGCAAAAUAAAAUAAUUUUAAAUUAAAAAGUGAAAUUAUAUAUAAAGGACGGCUGUGGAAAUGCCAAAAUGAAACAAGUCACGUCUUGGGAACAGUAUCCGCUGGUUCUGAAAGGCCAGUAUAUUGACUACUUCAGAGAAUACAGUGAAGGAGUAACCAGUUCAAAUGCUGCUGCACGAAGGAAAGGCAGAGCAAAUAGUGAAGGGGAUUUGGGGAGAAGAAGGGCCAGGUGUGGCUUGGGGCCUAGCAAGGACUAUAGUUUUCUAAAAGGAGGAUUUCUCCAUCACGUAAGCUGGUACAUACAAGGUUUUUAAAGUCAGUAUGUGCAUGACAUACACAGCUUUCAGUCAAAAAUAUAAACAAUGAGUUGAUCUCCAUGCACUUAUUUCCCUUUUGUCAACUUCAGCUUUCACAGGACCUUUGGUUUAUUCCCCUCCAUGGCUAAAAAUAUUUCCAGCCAGAGUUUAUGAAUUAUUUUAGCAUCAAAACAGAACACCACAUGACGUGGAAGAGAAGAAUGGGGAUGGUGUCUUGCUUUCGAUGCACUACGUUUCUAGUUGUUUAGGCUUUUAAAGAAAAGGUAUCUAUCUAAUUAGACUCAAAUUCUAGGAGAGACAACAAUAUUCCAAUUUAUGCACUUUAGUACUAUUAAAAUGAAGGCCCUUUGGAUCAUGGAACCCAGCAACAGGGGUGAACAGUCUGGAAGCAAUGUGAAUUUUCUCUUAAAUCCUAACAUUUUAAUGGACAGCCACCAUGAGCUCCCUGCCAUAACCCUGUCAGGGAGAUCUGACUGCUCAAAUUGAAAGAGGCAGACUGGAGAGUAAGCCCCAACCCUCAGCCUCAGUCUGCCAUCUUAAGUUAAUUUUAGGAGUGGAUGUCAUGCUGUGUUAUACAAGCAACCAGUGAUUGCUUCAUGAAGUGACAUUUCAUAAUUGCCUGACCCCCUCCCCUCCCUAUUCCCAGGGCCGCCAUGCAAUAAUUACUUAAUUGUCUGUGCCAUAGGUCGUGCUAGACAAAGUCAGCUCUGGGCUGGAACGAGACCUUAGAUUUCAAACCUGGGUUCUUAGCCUUGUACUUUGAAACAUAAUUUGUGGAUGGUCCCUACAAUGUCCAUCAAGAUUUCAGGUCAAGGCUGGUUCAGCCAAUGUGGCAUUACUGAAUUAGGUGUUUCAAGUCAAUCUGAACCAGCAAAACUUAAUUACCAGCUGCUGUGCACUUAUUAAGGCCAUAAACCUUGUAUGUAGAUAAAUGGUUUAUAAACAAGAACAAAAGGUCUUUGCAGCUAUUUAAAGGAGGCCUAGUGGACAUGUGGCCACAUAAUAAAUCAGUUUGUUCUGGCAGAAUGAAAUGAACAGCUGACCAUUAAAGCAGGAGUGCCAGGCAUCUGAAAGAAGGUCUGUCUCUGUGGUGAGGUCUCUCCUGCUCUUGAUGCAUUCCCAUAACUCCCAGUGAGGUUAAUGAGAGAUACAGGUGAGCAUUAGGGGAAAUUAGACCCCCUCAGACCUUCAAAAAACAUAUGCCAGUGGGAGCACUCAGAGUGCGUAAUAUUAAGCCUCCUGAAGUGAGAAUGGACAAAUAAAAAAACUCAUCCCAGAAUUUUAUCAUGUCCCUUUUGUGACUCAGAGAAAGCUUAGAAUAUUAAGGAGGGCUUGAUCUCCGUCACUGAACAGAUGUAAGAGAAGAGUAACGUUCUAAUGGAAAUCUACGUACAGGUUGUGUAUUUGUUUUUGGAGCAGUGUGCUAAAAGACUGACUGUGAGAGAAAUGUGCACACCUUGAAAAUAUUGAAGGCAAAUCGCUCCAAGGAUCUUAGAAUCCAGCUGCUAAUGGAAAGUAGGAAACCUGUUUUGGGUUCUUUGAUAAUUCAGUAAUGUCAACAUUAAAAACAAGCCUCGUUUUAAAAAAUGAAGUGUAAAUAUGGUUGUUCUUUAACAGUUUAACUUUUUUGCCUCAAAGCAUUUUAAGAAUUAUUUAUUUACUUUUUAAAUUGUUGAUUGUGGCUAAAAUGCACUCAGUCAUGUGGAAAUACAGCGGCUCCUUGCAGGGAGCAUGAAACCCAGAAGCGGGCACACAAUUAUAGGCUGAGCAGUGUCAAAUGUAUCUUAAAAAGAAAAACCAAGCAGUUAAUACAACAAAUGUAAACACAGUCUGUGAAAUGCAAAGUAACAAAUGACUUCCAUUUAUGUAUCCUGGGUUACUGGUUUGGGUUAGUCCUGUUGCCAAAAAUUGCCUUUAAUAAGUCAUUGCUCUGGGUACAAGGUAUUGACCUAAGCAUCUAGAUUCUUUUUUUUUUUUAAACCUCAAGGGAUGAUUAACCUUGACCUACAAAGUCAAUAGUAUGUUUUUUUAUAUACAGGCUGAAUGUUUUCAACAGAAAUAUCUAGCUAUGGUCUGAUCCACCCUCUUGUAAAAGCCGAGCACUCCCAAGAAUGAAAUAAAUAAAUCUGUCACAGCUAGGUUUAAUUUUAAUUAUGUCGAGGGGAGGCCACAGAUCGUGACAGAUGUUCUAUUUUUUUCGUUGGAAAACAGAUGCUUUUCACCAAUAAUUUCAUUUAAACUCAGUUUUUCUAUGAAAAACAAGUUUUGACUGAAUUUGUUUUGCUCACCUAGUCAAAACUCAAGUGCUAUUCCUGUCCCUAAAGUCCACAGUCAGUUUUUAAUGACUUUAUAAGCAUAUUUUCCUAUUUUGAAAUGUUUCUUUUCCCCCUAUUGCUGGAGCACAAUGAUUAAUUUUUCAGAGGAAAAAGUAUUGUCACAGGCAAACUGAAUGAAAGAUAAACACACUGUUGGUUUUGUUUUGUUUUCAAUCUCUUUCCAAGCUAGGUGUUAUGUGUAACACUAGUAGGUAAACAAAUUUUAGACAAAAAAAUGUGAUUUUUUUUUUUGAUUGUGCGAAAUACCAUUGGACUAAACAUCAAGUCAACCACAUCCUUUUUAAUUAUUUGGGAGGAAUGGAAUUUGACUAGAUUUUAAAUUGGCAGCAUCCCUUGUAACACAUUCCUUUUAAAUUGACAAAUGCAAAAGAUUCUUUAAAUCGAGUUUUUUUUUCUGUUCAGUGAAAAUUACCUUGUUAAGGUAGAAAACAGUGGAAAUAAUCCGAGCCUUAGAUCAAGAGAUGCAGAUGUACUGCACUGCUGCAAGGACUAACCUCAGACCAGAAACCUUCCUAAUUGUGUUGAGAAACUCUGUGUUAAGACUGCCAGCUGUUCUGCAGCUUUUAAUUGACUGAUGCCAUCACCUGACUGUACAAGUUGCAGCCUGAUCAGCUUGUGCCAUUUAUUUCUGUGGGUUGGUGAACUAUGGGGAGUGUCCUUUGCUCCUCCCACAGCUUGUAGUGCUAAGGGGAACUCCCCCUAGAAGAGGCUGAAGAGUACUCCAGGUUGUUUCGGUGGGGCAGAGUAAACUGGUCCGCACACAUUAGUGACCCGAUCCUGCACGCACUGAAGGCAAUGGGACUGGCGUAUGACCUACAUGGGAAACCUUCCUUCGCUCAACACUUUGCAGGAAAGUGAACACUCUGAGCCUGCAUCUCAAGUGCCCUGCACCGUCUGUAACCACUUAUAGCUGUGCAAAGUGGGUAGGAGAUACCUAACCUUUGGUGUAAGCGACCCGAGACUGGUGCGGGGACCUGAGGCUUAAUUACUCCAAGGCACCUUUGUACAAUGGAGGCCUGACUUCUCAUUUGCACUAAGGCUCUUUUACAUCACAGUGGCAGCAUGCAGGGACUUUAAAUGAAAGGAUUCCUUAUGCAAUGAGCAAGUUAUAAGAGAGUCUUAGCACCACUCUGAAUCAGGCUGCCUCUACUCUGGGGUCCUGCCCCUUCCCCAGUGUAACAGCCUCAGGGUUGCUGUAACUUAACCUUUGUUUUCCACCGCUCCCUAUGUAUGUGACUUGGGAUGCCAAGGCUAUUUGCAGGGCAUUCAGGACCCCCCAUCUGAUCUGCUCCAGGGGGCUGGGCCAAUGUAGAGCUAUUUGCCAACUAUGGACCGGGGGGUGAUAUUUGCCAGAGGACCUUGAUUAGCAUUAAGGGACCUUGAUUAGCAUAUUACACCCAUCCACGUUUUCCUGGUUGUAAAUGCAAGGUGGAUGCAGAGGUGCUAUAGCAUGACUGCCCGUUUACAGAGUCAGUGAGGGUGGCACCCACUUUAAGGCCCCUUUACACACUGAUGUAUAAGAGCCUUUGUAUAAAUGAGACUUGGACCCUUUGUUACCAGGAUGCUGGUUGGUUUUUGAAGAGUUACUCCAGGUUGAUGCUGUCGCCUUUUAUUUUUCACUCUGUAAACACCUUUUUAAAGGUAAGUUCUUCUUUCAGUUGCAAUAACAACAUGAAGCCUGUAAAUUUAGUUGUAUCAGUUUCCUGCUCCCAUUCAAAUCUGCCACUUGUAAUUCACUCAUUGCCGUUGACCUGCCACUGCUGCUAACAUUUGUUGGAAUGUAACCAUAUCUGUUUGUUUUAGAAAGAUGGGCCUAUGCAGUAUUGCAACGUGCUCUUCCUUUUAUUUUCACGCUUCAUAGCGUGGUAGAGACUGGUGCAGUCUAAGAGGGCAGCCUUUGCCUAGUGUUGCUUUUUUUUAGCUGAUUUUGUUAAAUUUUAUUUUCAGUGAGCUUUACGCAGAUGGGUAGGAAAAGUUAUUUGUUCAAAUACAUUUUUAAAAAUAGAGGACAAAUGCACAGAAACAAAGUUGUAGGGCUGGAGGCACUAGCUUAGACUGUCCAAAUUAGUUUGUCGACAAACAUCCCCGCCACCCCCUGCCACUUCCUAGUUGGUAUUCUAACACUGUGCCACUUCUUUCAAAGAUAAGGGCCAGAGUCAGACACCCUUACUCACAGGAAGUACCUUACUUUGUAGCAUUAAUGGCACUGGGAUUACUCAAGUCAUAAGGUAUUAUUAUUUGUAUAGCAGAAAACAUCAGGAAUUGGUGCUGGGUAGUGUGCAUAGAUAUGGGUCCCAAUUCAGGAAAACAUCCUGAUCCAAGCACUCGCGGAAGUUCCAUUGAAGUUGGUGGGAUUAUGCACAUGCUUCCAGUUAAACUGGUUCCAGUCCCACUUAUUUUACAAAUUUUAGUAUAUGACAAGAAGCAAUAACAGAUGGCUAGAGAGGGGGAAUAGUCAGAUGCUCGUGAUUAGUGAAAUAACAAUGGUCGCAGCUGCCUAGUCAUGUCAUUGGUGGUAGUCACAAGAGUAGUACAGCAUGAGUAAACCUACCCAAAAACAAUGAAGCAUCAAUUCCUCAGUAGAAUUUAGGUGCUUAAGUCCUGUACCUACUCUGACGGGAAAGCAAUUUCAUUCUGGUUGUUUCCGGUGUGCAUUGUUUGCAAAUACUUCCUUUCCAGUGGUGUGAGAGCCACGUUACCCUUUCAACCUUUGUGGGGCGGAAACACUGUAUUUUCCAUAGCACUCCGAAGACUCAACCAUUUUGGGAAAACCACAGUAACAAACUGUGAAUGGUAUUUUAUAAGUAAGUGUAGAUAUGUAAGCCGUUCUUUUGAAGUAAGGUACUAUGAAAUAUGUAGCAUAAACUGGUACUGCUGUUAAAUGGGUUGAUUAUUAAACUGAGCAGCUGUGUAAAGGGUAACUAACUUUGAAUGCACUAAAACCACCCGCCCUUUGAAGAUGAUACAGCUUAGAUGGCCUGUGUAUAUGCUGGAAGCUAUCUUUUUAUAGGUUGAUUUUUAGAAGGGUUGGCUUGGAAUAUCAGCAUAUCUGAGUGGCCCCAGAAAUCAGAGCUGAUGAAAAUAUUUUCUAAUGUUAAAGAAAAAAAUGUAGAAAUUAAAAAAACAAAGCAAUGUUCACAAAUUCUUUUUUUAUCCAUUUUCAGCCAAAGUGUAGAGCAGUUUGAAAUAUUACAAAUUUUGAAUAUAGAACUGGGGGGCAAAAAUCAGAAAAAUUGCUAUUUUCCCCAUUUCAACCCACUCUAAUCCAAAUACGGCUUUGAAAUCCACUGCUUAGGCUCACCUCUAUACAUUCCUCCCUCUGAAAGGGCUCAAGGCUAUAUGAUAGGUAGACUUUCAAAAAUUUGGCUUCAAUGGGCAUAGGAUCAAUGGAUCAGAUUCCAAGAAAGGUCACACCAGAGGAAUUAGAUGAGUCUACAAGAAUAGAUGUCCUAUUCGCAGUGCAAGAAACUUGUUGAGUUCAUUGUCCUUUCCCAUCCCACUCCAUCUUCUCAUCAAAGCAUCUCUUGUAGAGUCAACAUGGGGUGCUUAACUGGAGGUACCUGAAAAAGGCAGAAAUUUAGAGUGUUAUAUUUUUUAGCCAAUUCUCUGUGUUCUUAAAGUGUAAAAAUACAAACAAAAAGAUAUCUGCCUUGUGAAUUACCUUCAAGGAAAAGAGAAGCAACACCAUGUUGGAAGACGCCAUCCUCAUUCACAUGAUACAGUGCACUCAGAGUUAGCUACCUUUUGAAAUAAACAAAAAACUACUGUAUGUUAAUUUGAAAAUGUGAAUAGUAUUUUUAUAGCUUGUUAAAGACAUGGCUAGUUGCAUUUGUACAUAAGGAUAAUGUUGUUUUUCUUUUCCUUUUGUGGACAUCAUUAUUCAGAACAUAAUUGUCUUUAGGGUUGAUUUGUAUAUAAGUAAUUUGCUGGUGAUUUAUUUCCCUUUUUAGCUUUUAUUGGAGAUAUCAUUUUGACAUUCUGUGUGACUCUGUGUUUAGCACUAUUGUGGUACGUUCAGACUUUCUGCACUUGCUUACACAGUAACGUAUGCCAAUUGUGUGUGGCGUAAUGUUACUUUAACCUUUUGUCUCAUAUUUCAGCUAUGAAGGAUUAUGCACUGUUAAAAUACAUACUGACUUGGGUUAAUAUUAGCUCUAUAUUUUAGUAUUAUUUCCCUUUGCCUUGAUUUUUCAUGGGUUUUUUUUUUCUUUGGAGGCUGGGGAGAAACCAGUGGCUCUUUUCUUUGUCUGAUUAGGAUCUUCUUUUCAGUGUACACACUCCCAAAUCCCUCCUCCUGGUGAUAGCGCUUUUACCUGUUUGUUAAGACAAAUGUAGAUUGGGACCUGCUUAGCUCAUCCCCCACUGAUCAUCCCAGCCGAACAAUUUGAAAACUGUUCUGCAUUUUUGUUACAUGAAUCUGUCAGAAAUAUAUUUUUAAUUUAAUAUAAAUGAAAUUCAAUAAAA